AUGAGACUCAAAUCGUGCAAGUUGAAGCUGGGCCUAGAAUAUCAUUUCAUCAACCACUCGUUCUCUCUCUCUCUCUCUCUCUCUCUCGCUUUCUUUUUCUUUCUUUCUUUCUUUCUUUCUUUCUUUCUUUCUUUCUUUCUUUCUUUCUUUCUCCCACUCUUCUUUCUUUCUUUCUUUCUUUCUUUCUUUCUUUCUUUCUUUCUUUCUUCCUUCCUUCCUUCCUUCCUUCCUUCCUCACUAAAAUCAACGCCUCUCUCUCUCUCUCUCUCUCUCUCUCUCUCUCUCUCUCACUCGCUUUCGUACCUUUCUCCAACCUUCUCUUUUUCCUCUCUCCGUCUCACUUUCGCAUCUGACGCUACCAUUCUCUCUUUCCCACUCUCCCCAUCUCAUUUUCGCACCUCUCUCCAUCCAUAUCAUUUUUCCACUCUAUAUAUUAAUUUCGCAAGUCUCUACAUUUUUCUUUCUUUUUUUUUCUCACAAACUCUCUUUCCCAACUCUUUCCACACUUCUCUUUUUCACUCUCUCUAUCUCUCGUAUAUCUAUUACUUUCCUAUUGACUAUAUUAUCUAUCUGAAAUCUAGUAAAUAUAUCUGUCUACCUAUCUAUAUUUGUAUAUGUGUGUAUGUGAGAGAGAGUAAACCUCUCUAUCGUAAUCUGGUUAUAAUUGUCUAUCUAUCUAUCUAUCUAUCUAUCUAUCUAUCUAUCUAUCUAUCUAUCUAUCUAUUAUCUAUCUAUCUAUCUAUCGAUCUAUCUAUCUAUCUAUUUUUUUAA